AUGAGGAUCAAGACCAGAGAACUCGAGCUGUCCAAAGCCCUCGACGAGGUGUUCCUCCGGCUGUCGCUCAUCGACCUGCGUAUUUUCCAGCUAGUCAUCUCCAUCCCUAUCAUCGGCUUCGUGGCGGCGAUCAUCAGCGGGUUGUCCAAUGCCGACGUCGACGUGCCCUCGAAAGCCUCGGCCGCCAUUGCCAUCGCCUGUGUCAGUACGGUGUACGCUGGCGUGACCGUCCUACCCGUUUUCUUCGAAGGGCCCCUGUAUUUCACCAUGAUGGCGCUGCUUGAUGCGGGCUUUGUGGGUGCCUGGAGCAGUUUGAUUGGAGUCUGGGACAACGAUGGGACCGGCACUUGCACUGCUUUCGAGAGUAGGUACUUCGGCGACCAGCCCCGACGGGCCUACUUCAAGACCGACUGCAAGCUGGUCAAGGCCAUGUUUGCCUUUAUGAUCAUCAAUCUGUGCGUUCGCUCCCACCCAAUUCGUCUGGCACUCAACUUACGCGUCCCCGAAGAGCUGCAUUUGCCACGUCCACCGUGGUAUCGUUCUGUCUGCGCAUCACUGAGCUUGACCGUACCAUGA